CGUUGUUGCUGGUUUGGGCCAUUCGGAAGACGUUGUUUCAGCGCGCAUACAGCGACAGUCCCAGGGAAGCGGCUGUGGGCCAAGGAGCAACGGCGGUGUGGAGAAGCGCCGUUUCGCAAUCUGAACCGGAGCGGAAUCUUGUUCCUGCCAUGCCGCAGCUGGCGGGCUCCUCGUCGGCCGCGUCUUCCUCCUCCACCACCAUCUCGGUCUUUGCGCGCUUCAAGAGACAGCAGAGCAACGGCGGCAGCAGCCAUGCCAACAAGAGCGUGACGAAUCUCAGUGUGGAUGCCGACGACGGCCCAGUGGAGUGGAGAGGCGGCAAGCUCAUCCAGCACGAGCGAGCGCCGCGCACCGCCCACCACCACCCGCACCGCCGCGACAGUAGCAUUCUCAGCUUGACCACCAGCGUCACCGACAGCGCCAAAGGCUUUGGCGCCAAUGUGCGACGGAGCGUGAGCCUGCGAUCCCACCGCACCAACGGCAGCACCAGUGGCUCGUCCCUGGGCAACAGCACUGCGAGGAGUCCGAGCAUAAUCACAACACACCAGUCCUUUACACCAUUGACACCGGAUACCACGAUUGAGCAACUCGAAGGCGAGGACAAGGCCUUGUCUCCUCCCUCACACGCGCCGCCUGCGCCUCCCAUCGUCAAGCGGAAGAUCUCCCUCACCGCCAGAGGGCUCUCCCACAAAUUUAAGUCAACCGAGAACCUCCACCGUCUCCACAGCGCUUCAACUGCCGCUCCUUUCUCACCGCCUAGAUCAGACCCUCGCGCCUCCAUGCUGGUCUCUACACAGCCUGCCCAUGCCCCUCUGGGCAGGAAGAACUCCGAUCAGAACCGACCUGGUCUACAGCCUCAGGCCAGCUUCACGCGGGACAUUUCAUCCUCGCAUAGCAAUGGCGCGCCUCUACAGCCGGUACCGAGCCUCCCCCAGGGCAUGGCAGCAGCAGGACCUCUGAAUCCCAGUACAAUCUACACACAAAUACAUGAGACGUCAGCGAAGCGCAUCGCGACGAUAGACUACAUGAGAAAGCUUCACGAGGGGGACAUAUUCUACUUUGGCACGAUUCACUACUCGCAAUCAGCGCUGCAUGGUAUGCCUUCGAUGCACGCGUACAAGCUAGGACGGAGAGCGACGAAUUACUUCUUGCUCGGCCACAGUCUGCCUGCGUUACUGGAUCUGAACUCUAACACACCAUUGGAGUAUUUGCGAGCGCUGUCUGCUCUUCUCACCGAAUUUGAGACCUAUCAAUCCUUAUGCGGGUGGGAUGCGAGUGGAAACGUGGUUAAGAACAGCCGUAUGGGCGGAAUGUUCAAGAGUGGAAUACGAGGCAGCAAGGGCCGUCGUUCUAGUACCGCGAUCGCCCCUCUUGACCUCUCCCUCGAGACGAAGCCAGAUCUUCUUGGAAUCGCGCACAAAGAUGCCAACCCACACUCUCCUUCCGACAUGUCCUCGACUAUCAACCCUACAGGGCACGAAUUUCAGUUCCUCCUCACACCGCAUGUACCAUUCGAGCCAGAUUUCAGCACGACGCUCGGGACGCUGUGCGAUACUCUUAUGGAUGUGUACGGAAAACUCAUGGAUCUCGUUUCUGGGCCCGAGCAUUGUAAUCCGACACUCAUUGACGCCUUCUCGAAAGCAGACAAAGCGAUCAGGAAAAUCAUGGUGGCGAAUGUGGCGCGAGAGUUUGAGGAUACGACAAGAGCGGGCGUGAAAAGCGAGAUUGCGGGGCUGGGCAAACUGACGCUCGGCGGUCUCAUGUAGGACAUGGGCUGUGAGCGUCAAUUGGUAUUAAUGAUGGAGAAAGGGGAGGAGGAAUAUGAAGUGGAGGAGAACGCAGAGCAGCAGGAAGAAAGGCUGUCAGCGGCACUGCUCAGGGAUGUUUGAGAUUUUGCGCAAUGGACACGACCACGGAUAUAUUGGAACGACGACUAUGACACGGGAACUCGGCCAGGUGGAUUCGCUGGGAAUGGCUAUGGCUGUGUAAUACUGGAUGUGAUACCCCCUUUUCAUUUCUAUCUGCACACAGGCGUCUGAGGGAGUCGGCAACGACGUGGGAUCUUAUUGCGAUAGCAGCCGCAUGUGGUCGAUGCACGGAAGUGCGGGUAGAGGCUGGGCACGCAGAGGAGGACUGUUGUAGUAAAGGGUUAAACAUAAUGCAC